UACACAAGUAAUAAAAAAAUCUUUUUCAAUAUUAUUUCAGAUAAUUCAAUCAAACAAAAAUAUCCUCAUUCUAGACACUGAAAAAAAUAGUCAAAAUAUUUCAGUGGUCUUUCUUCAUUAAUAAAUUGUCAAGACUGAUUUAUUAAUGCUCAAAAAUGCUGUCCAUUGCAUUUUGUGUUAGACUUUUGGGAAAUCCCAAAGUAAAGAAAAAGUCAUCUAGAUUGAAUAUUAAAUUUGGAAAACCAAUCCUGGAAGUAUCUUAUGAAUUCAUAAACAUUCUUAUAUGGGCCUUUUUCUUAACAGCAGGUGUAAACAUUUUCUACUCAGGAAAGUUAAUGUAUAAUGCCAUAUACAUUAGGAAUCAUGUUGGUUAUUACAUAGACCUUAUAUCAAAGAGAGAUGGAAAUGUUUUACCUCUUCUUCAAGCCUUACCUAGCUUUAUAUUUUUAAUCAUAAAUCUCUUUGGACUUUAUUUAGUGCUAAGAAUAAUGUCUUCCAGAGAAAAACAACCCAAAACGAAUUGGAUGUUGUAUUUUGUUGUUCUUUUAAACCUCAUCAUGAUUGGUGUGGGCUUAAUUCUGGUGAUAGUUGUAUUAAUUCAUUCUUAUGGAAAUCAUCAAGGUUUACAUGAUGGUAUCAAAGGUGCUAUGAAAGAUUACGGCUCAAAUGAGAAAGUGAAAUCGCAGAUUGACAGAUUACAAAUAGAUUUACAGUGUUGUGGAAGUAAGAAGUAUGAUGAGUGGUAUGACAUAAAAUGGUAUGAUAGUGCCCUAAUUGCCAAAGGAAGCAAAGAGUCCAAGAGUCAGACUCCGUUUAGUUGCUGUUCAAUGAAGUCUUUAUCCCCUUGCAUUCAUUAUGACAUUGAGGAAACCGGAAGCGUAUAUACCUAUACUCCGGAAUAUAAUUUAAGUAUAUCUACUGUUGGCUGUUUUGACAUGUUGAAAAAAAGAAAGCAAAAUGUUGGAUGGGGAAUAAUUGGCAAACUUUUAUUAGGACUAUUCUUGCAGGCUCUCACAACGAUCCUAGUGAGGUUUAUUCAAACAGGUCAUUUUGAAAAAUUCAAGUUUGAAGGUAGGUCCAGAACUUACAUCAUCUGGCUGUUUGGUCUUUACACUGGCAGAAAUUUGAAAAAAGUCAAGGAACCUCCUGAACCACCACCACUACCUCCUGAACUAGAAGAUUCACAAUGAAACAUGAUAAUCGACUUUUAGUUUUCACAAAUUUGUCUUCAUUAUUACUAUUAUUUUGCACAAAAUACUUUUGAAAACAAUAAAGAAGUGACUCACUAUUAACAUAAUUUAGGA